AUGAACAAAAAUAAGCAAAGAAGUAAAAAAAGAUUACCAAAAGGAAGAGAAAGAUAUAUUCCAACUCAGGAAGAAGUAGAAAGAAGAAAUGCGGAAAUUUCUAGGAAACAAUAUGAGGAAGAAUCAGAAGAUUCAGAAAGUGAAAAAGAAGAUCAAGAAAAUAAAAAGGAAAAUCCAGAGAAUAAAAAAGUGAUAGACAACAAAAAUGAUAUUAAAGAUAGUGAGAAAUCUCCUUUAAAUGAAUAA